UCUGAAGCAAAGCUUCUGUGACGUUUGCUGAGCAUGGUGAUGUUGGAUUUGUUCUUCCGUGGAUGCGUUCGGGCAAGAAAACAGCGUAUGAUAUCGACCCUGCAGCCACACAAUGCAAAGUGUCUUUGUCCAUAAUGUGAGGACACUGUGGAGGCAGUCAAGCCAGGCAUCAAGGAGCUUGCAAGUAAAAGGUUUGCAAAAAUCUGUGCACCAUCAUCACACCAAGAUAAUGGAUGGCGAUAAACCGUGGGCUCUCAUUUCCGAAGUGGGUGAGCAAGGCAUCCUGGAGUCGACUGUGGAUCUCCUGAGCAAACACUUCCGGCUAAUCCCCUACCGGGACUUCCUGCGGGACUCCCGAAAGCACGGCCACAAAAUCCAGGUGAUGUUCAUGUGGAAUCAAGACCCGCAGGCCACGCCGGCGCUGCUCAGCUCGCUCCCGGCCCUCAAGUUGAUCGCCAACGGUGGGGCGGGCACCGACCACCUGGACCUGCCCUACAUCACCAGCCGAGGGGUGAAGGUGUCCAACACGCCCGGGGUGGUCAGCGACUGCACUGCGGACAUGGCCAUGGGGCUGCUACUUGCGUCGGCACGGAGCAUUGUUGAAGGUCAUCAGUUUAUGAUGCACCCGGAGACCACCUGCUUACCUCAAUGGAUGGGAGGCGUGGAGGUCUCGGGGUCAACUCUGGGGAUAAUCGGAAUGGGAAAGAUUGGAGAGAAGAUCGCUCAGCGCGCCAAAGGAUUUGACAUGAACAUCCUGUAUCACAACAGAAACAGAAGAAGCGAGGUGGAACAGGCGGUGGCGGCGAGUUACAGCCCGAACAUGGAUGACGUGCUGAGGUCCUCUGACUUUGUCAUGCUGGCCGUUUGCCUGACCCCCGACACCACCAGCCUCAUUAGCACCCGAGAACUGAGUCUCAUGAAGCCAUCAGCAACGCUGAUCAACAUCAGCAGAGGCCCUGUGGUGGACCAGAACGCUUUAGUCAAGGCUCUGCAGGCUAGGACCAUACGAGGCGCUGCCCUGGAUGUGACUUAUCCGGAACCUCUACCAAGGGACCAUCCUCUCCUUGGCCUUCCCAAUGUGCUGAUUACUCCUCAUGCUGGCACCAGCACCAUCACUACAAUGAGAAAGAUGGUGCAGAAGAUGGCAGAAAAUGCCUUGGCUGCUAUUAAAGGAGAAUCUAUCCCUGAUGAAGUAAAAUGCUAAGUAGGUUUUAUUCGGAAACGAAGUGACGAGCCACCAAACCCAACAAGGAUAUUGUUCAGCAAACUGAAUACGCAAGGGGCCAAGAUCUUCCUGCAAAGAGCAGAUAACUUUGCAAUAGAAUCCAUCCUAAUACAUUAUCAAAAUAAGAUGUGUCCAUCAGGGGGGUGCACAUUAUUAUAAAGGGGCAGGGGCUCAAAGUCAGAAAAGGGCAGGACAUUUUUUUUUGGUCUUUUACACAAUAUGGAGAUUAAUGUAAAAUUACAUUUGCUAAUAGGAAGCUUACUACUUAGCUGUGUGUCCUUUGUAGGUAAAAGUGAUUGCCAUUUCUUUAGUGUCAACAAAUUAUUUUCAUAAUGAGUUAAUUCACAUUAUCAUAGAAUUGGAAGACACGAAAAGCAAAAAAACACUGGUUUAUUAUUAGGCUAUUUAUUGUUAAAGAUAAGCACUUUAAUAUUGAACAUUGAAAAGUGCAACAUGAACUUUGAAAAAAAAUAA